CCACUCUUGUGUAUUCUUUAGACAAGGUGUUUCUCCUCCUCCCUCCAGGUGGUUUAUGUGACAGCCUCUCUGCCCUACUGCGUUCUCAUCAUAUACCUCAUCAGAGGAUUAACGCUUCACGGAGCUCUGAACGGGCUCAUCUACAUGUUCACACCAAAGCUGGAGCAGCUGUCAAACCCCAAGACGUGGAUCAGCGCCGCCACGCAGAUCUUCUUCUCCCUGGGCCUGGGCUUCGGCAGCCUCAUCGCGUUUGCCAGCUACAACGAGUCCAGCAACAACUGUGAGCGGCACGCCAUCAUCGUCUCGCUGAUCAACAGCGCCACGUCCAUCUUCGCCAGCAUUGUGACCUUCUCCAUCUAUGGCUUCAAGGCAACAUUUAACUACGAAAGCUGCAUAAACAAGGUGAUCCUGCUGCUGAUGAACACUUUUGACCUGGAGGAGGGCUCUUUGACAGCAGACAACCUCAGCGAGAUGAAGGACUACCUCAUGGCCACCCACCCACAGGAGUAUGCGCAGUUAUUGCCGCAGCUGAAAAACUGCAGCCUGGAAGCUGAACUAGAUACGGCAGUGCAGGGGACAGGACUGGCAUUUAUAGUCUACUCUGAAGCCAUCAAAAACAUGGAGGUGCCCCAGCUGUACUCAGUGCUUUACUUUGCAAUGCUGCUGAUGCUGGGAAUCGGCAGCAUGCUGGGAAACACGGCUGCCAUCCUCACGCCGCUGACCGACAGCAGGGUCAUUGCUGCCCGUUUCCCCAAGGAGGUGAUCUCAGGUGUUGUGUGUUUCAUUAACUGUGUGAUUGGCCUGAUCUUCACCAUGGAGGCUGGAAAUUACUGGUUCGACAUAUUCAACGACUACGCAGCCACCCUCUCACUGCUGCUCAUCGUGCUGGUAGAAACCAUUGCUGUGUGUUACAUCUACGGGAUAAGAAGAUUUGAGAAAGAUCUUUACACCAUGAUUGGACGCAAGCUAAACUUGUAUUGGAAAAUUAUGUGGGCUUUUGCUAGUCCUCUGCUAAUCAUAAGCCUAUUUAUAUUUUACAUCACUGACUACAUCCUCACAGGAACACUGCAAUACCAAGCAUGGGAUGCCACACAGGGACAGCUGGUGACAAAGGACUACCCAAGCUACGCCCUGGCAGUGAUCGGGCUGCUGGUGGCCUCGUCUACCAUGUGCAUACCCCUGGGGGCACUGCUCACUUUUGUACGGAAGAGACUGAAGAGGGCAAGAGUUUCAACUGUUGCAUGA